AUGAAUCUGCAACAACGAAGUGAUGAGCAAGCUAUUGCCUUGCAAGAAAUCUUGGCAAAAUUUGAACAAGAUCUAUGCGACAAGUUACGACGGUCCAUGGAACCUGUUCUACAAGUGCUCCAACGAUCACAUGUUUUACCUCCACGAGAUGAUGUAUUCUUCGAUGAUGAAGGCAAUGUUCUUCUCAAAGAGAUCCAUGGAGCUCCUAUCUUUGAUGUCUAUGAUGACACAAAUCCGAUCUCCGACGCUUGUGAUGGUGCAAAUCUAUUUUGCGAUGAGGAAAAUCCAAUCUUUGACGUCUAUGAUGACACAAAUCUGAUCUCUAGCGCUUGUGAUGGUGCAGAUCUGAUUUGCCAUGAAGGUGAUGCUGCAAAUCUAGUUUUUGAUGUCAUGAAUGAUGAAGAUUCGGCCAAUGACAUAUUCCAUAAAAAAGAAAUAGAUGUCAUCGGAAUUCAUGAGCUUUUUGAGGACCGCAUAACAAAUCUAGUGUGUCAUAGUAAUGAAGAUCUCUCCAACGAGGUACAUGUUACUAUGUUUUCUGACAGCUAUGUUGACAUAUAUCAUGAUGAGAUUCACGCCUCUGAUACUGCGGUCUACAUAGGCCCAUAUCCUGAUCCAGUCAUAGUUAUGGAUGAUAAAGAUGUUGAGCGCCAGAUCUUGAUCGAAGCAGUGAUUUGA